UAUAGGUGUGUAAAACACCGAUCCAACCUACAAAUGCUACCGAUUUGAUCAACAUUCAAUUCAAAUACAAUCAAGCACGGAAUUAUGGCCAAGGAGUUGAUCAGUAGAAUGUCAGCGAAACUGCCUCAUAUCAUCAGCGGCGGGGGCGGUAUAAGCGAUCGCGAGCUCGAGGAUCUGCAUCGCGAGGUCGACACGCACGACCACGUGGUACCCAUUCAGCGCCUCUGCGAGAGACUCCAGACUAAUGCCGAAACGGGCCUCACCGAAGACCAAGCUCAAGAGAUCCUCGAGCGGGACGGACCGAACUCUCUGCGUCCGGCCAAGGUCACGCCCGAGUACAUCCACUUCCUGCGCUGCAUGUGCGGCGGCUUCGCGCUUCUGCUCUGGCUCUGCGCGCUACUCUGCUUCGUCCUCUACGGCGUGGGCGAGCUCACGAAUCAAGACGAGGAGGGCAUCGAGUACUUCGGCGUGAUAAUCGUCGUCAUCUGCAUCAUCUCGGGCCUGUUCGCCUACCUGCAGGAGACCAAGAACUCCAAAGUGAUGGACUCGUUCAAAAAGAUGGUGCCCACCAAGGCCCUGGUGAUUCGCGGAGGCCGCAAGAUGGAGGUCAACGCCGAGGAUCUCGUGCUCGGCGACCUCGUGGAGAUCAAUCUGGGCGACAGGAUACCGGCGGACAUCAGGAUCAUUCAGAGCAACGACAUGCGCGUCGAGAACUCGAGCAUCACGGGGGAGAGCGAGGCCCGGGCGCGGACGGACCAUCCGACCGACAACAAUCCUCUGGAAUCGAAGAAUCUCGCCUUCUUCUCGUCGUUCUGCGUGGGUGGCGCGGGCCGAGGCAUCGUCAUAGCCACCGGCGACGACACGAUGAUCGGCCGCUUGGCCGGCUUGACCACUCAUCUCAGCAAGACCGAGACCACCAUGGCCAAGGAAAUAAAACAUUUCGUGCACAUCAUCACGUUCGUCGCCGUCGCCUGCUCCGUCCUGUUCUUCGUCAUAUCUCUCAUCAUCGACGGCAACGUCAUCCACGCCUUCGCCUACUUCUUGGCCAUACUCAUAGCCAACGUGCCGGAGGCGCUGCUCAUCACCGUUACCACGAGCCUCACCCUCUCGGCCAAGAAGAUGGCCUCCAAGAACUGCCUCGUGAAAAAUCUCGAGGCCGUCGAGUCGCUCGGCUCCACCUCGACCAUAUGCUCCGACAAGACCGGCACCCUCACGCAGAAUAAAAUGUCCGUAUCGAACAUAUGGUUCUCCAGCACGAGAUACAAUGUCGCCCAGAAUCUAAAUCUCGGCGUGGAUCGUGAACUGCUGCUGGAGAUUCCGGCGUUCAACGUCUUCAUCAAGUGCGCAACUCUCUGCUUGAGGGCCGAGUUCAAGGACGACUCGGACGAGCAGUUCGAACUGAUCGAGGAUCGACACGUUAUAGGGGACGCUUCGGAGACAGGAAUCUUGAAAUUUUGCGAACACAUCCAUCUGACCAAGACGUUCCGCGCGUCUUUUCCAAAAAUUGCUGAAGUGCCGUUCAGCUCGGUUACCAAGUAUCAACUGUCCAUCCACAAAGACCUCAGCAAAUACGUUGUCAUUAUAAAAGGUGCACCCGAAGUCGUGCUGGAAUUUUGCAGUACGGUCCUGGUGACCGACGGUACCGCGAGACAAAUGCUGCCCGAGGAUUUCGAGAUCAGUCGCAAAGCCUUCACCGAGAUGGGCUACCGAGGCGAGCGAGUGCUGGCCUACUGCGACUUCGAGCUACCUGAGGACCCCUACGAUGAAAAUUACGCGUUCAAUACGACGAGCAUCGAAAAGUACAACUUCCCUCUCAAAGGCUACCGAUUCGUUGGCUUCAUCAGUCUUCUCGAUCCGCCGCGUCCGUUCGUUUACGAGGCGGUGCACAAGUGUCGCACGGCCGGCAUCAAAGUCAUCAUGGUCACCGGCGAUCAUCCUGUCACGGCCAUAGCCAUAGCCAAGAAAGUCGGCAUCAUCGGCGAGGGUCACGAGACCAAGUACGAGCGCACCAUGCUGGCUUCCUCGACCAGGGCUUCGUCGACCAAGUCCAAUACCACCACCUCGAACGAGGAGGAGGCCAUCGUCGUGACCGGCACGGAGCUCAGGACCAUGGACGAGGGCCAGUUGGAUCAUCUGAUCAAGAGCUACGAGGAGAUCGUGUUCGCGCGGACGUCGCCUCAGCAGAAACUGCUGAUCGUCGAGAGCUUGCAGAGACUCGGCGAGAUCGUGGCGGUGACCGGUGACGGCGUGAACGAUUCGCCGGCUCUUCGCAAAGCUGAUAUUGGAAUCGCCAUGGGCAUCACGGGCUCGGAUGUGGCGAAAAAUGCGGCUGAUAUGAUUCUUCUCGACGACAACUUCAUCUCCAUCGUUUUCGGCGUCGAGGAGGGUCGGCUCAUAUUCGACAAUCUGAAGAAAUCUAUUGCCUACACGCUCACGUCGAGCAUCCCUGAAAUGAUGCCGAUGCUUGCGAGCAUAAUUUUCGCGAUUCCGCAGCCGUUCGUUUUGGAAUUGGUGCUCCUAGUCGACAUCGGUACGGACCUGCUUCCCGCCGUGGCGUUGGCCUACGAAAAAGCCGAGUCCGACAUAAUGCGUCGUGCGCCGAGAAAUCCUCAAGUAGAUCAGCUCGUCAAUAAGAGGCUCAUAUCCAUGACAUAUGGUCAGAUCGGAAUGACCCAAUCCAUGGCUGGUUUCUUCACGUACUUCAGCAUUCUCAUGUUUUACGGAUUUCUGCCGAAAGAUUUGAUUGGCUUGCGAGCCGACUGGGAGAACAAAAACAUCGACGAUCUUAAGGAUUCUUACGGUCAAACGUGGACGUACGAGAGACGAAUGUCGCUACUGAACGAAGCGAGAACUGGAUAUUUCUUGUCCAUUGUCAUUACACAACUUAUCGAUCUGAUCAUGUGUAAAACACGAAAAAAUUCCAUUUUUCAACAAGGCAUGAGUAAUUGGACUUUGAAUGUUUCCAUUGUCUUUGAGAUCGUUCUGAUUAGCUGCUUACUCUACAUACCGGGUACAGAAAAAGUAUUUAAAACAAUGCCAUUAGACUUUCAUUGGUAUUGGUUUUGUCUACCGCUGGGAUUGAUGCUUUGGAUAUAUGACGAAGUGAGAAGAUAUUGGAUUAGAAAAAAGCCAGGCUGUUUUCUCGAAAAAGAAACUUACUAUUAAGCCAUCUUUCAUUACGUUUGAAAAUCUAAGAAUAAAUGUGAUGUAUUUGAA